AUGUCUGAUUCUGACUUCACCUCUCAUACCACUAUCUCGCCCGCUAUCCUCUACUGGGGCACGCCCGUCGCCCUGAUCUCCACCACAAACCCCGACUACACCCCAAACCUCGCCCCCAUCUCCUCCAUAUUCUGGCUCGGCCACCGCUGCAUCAUCGGUCUCGAAACCAUAUCCCAAACGACCAAAAACAUCCUGCGCACAUCCCAAUGCGUAAUCAACCUCCCCGACGACACCAUGUCUUCUUCCAUCAACGCGCUUGCUCGCACUACGGGCACGCCCGACGUUCCAGCCGGAAAAGCGGACAGAGGCUACAGAUACGUGAAGGAUAAAUUCGGUGUGGCAGGGUUGACAGAGGCGAAGUCGGACCUCAUUGAGCCGCCGAGGGUGAAGGAGUGUCCGGUACAGAUGGAGGGUGAUGUGGUGAAGAGUUUCGGGUUGAUGGAGGAUAUGGAUACGGAUGCGCUGAGGAUGUCCAUCACGGUGUUCGAGGUCAAGAUCCUUAGGGUGCAUGUGUGGAAGGGACUUGUCUCGAAGGAACACGCGAACAGAAUCGACGCGGACAAGUGGCGACCUAUGAUUAUGAGCUUCUCGAGGCUGUAUGGAUUGAAGGAUGGAGAGCUGGAGCAUUCGGUGUUGGCGGAGAUCGAUGAGGAGAAGUAUAGGGUUGGUGAUUUAUAG